AUGACUGAGGAUAACUAUCGCCCUCAAUCUCCUGACUUUUCCUCUCUCCCACUCCCUCCCUCCGACACCCAGCCGUACGCGCUCGCCAGUCCCGUGGCCCACCGCGCAUCCUACGACGCCUCGCCCUUCUUCACCCCGUACCAACGCCCAAAUUCUAGUCGCGUACCCCAGCAGUACGUUCCACCCUACCAAGCGGACUACGAUCCUGAUAUGGCGCGUCGCUCAUCUCGUCUGGCACAUCCCGAUGACGCUGCUGUCUCCGAGCCCGUCGCGCCCAUGUUCCCCGUCGCUCCCCCCAUAGCCGACGAAUCGUCCCCGGCGCGCCCGGGCGCGGGCAUCGAGGUCAAGACCAAGUUCCCCGUGGCGCGCAUCAAGCGCAUCAUGCAAGCCGAUGAGGAUGUCGGCAAAGUUGCCCAGGUGACCCCGAUCGCAGUCUCGAAAGCCCUAGAACUCUUCAUGAUCUCUCUCGUUACCAAGGCCGCCCAAGAAGCCAAAGACCGCAACUCAAAACGCGUCACUGCAUCCCACUUGAAACACGCGGUCGCCAACGACGAAGUGCUUGACUUCCUGGCCGAUAUCAUUUCCAAAGUUCCCGAUCAACCCGCGGGCCGAAAACACGAGGACGACGGCAGCGAUCCAAACGAGGGGCGCCGGAAGCGCGGCGGCCGACGACCCAAGGAUGAGAGUGAUUAA